AUGGAACCACAAGAACUCGCAAGAUGGACGCGGUUUGCUGCAAAGGGAGGAAUUGGCAAAUGCACAGCGUCUAGAGACUGUGUCGCCCAGAAUCCAGAGGAUCUCAUGUUCCUCCAGGACGAUGAAAUCGUCGUACUGAGACAGAUUUCUGUGCCCGAUAAUCUCUACCUUGGCUUUUGCGAAGGUGUCGUGGGCAAGUUUUCAGGCGCAGACGUUCAAUUCCAUGGCAAACUCAAGAAACCAGUCUUUACACGGCGCCCAGGCUCCGUGACCGCAAACUCGACUGCUAGCCCGGCUCUGUCUGGGCGUCCAAUCGUUUCAAGCCCCACUCCUUCUGAACAAUCCUCGUCGCCAUUUCAUCUUGACAAGUCUGACCAGGACGGAGAGUAUUAUACCGGUCCGUCUGAGCAAAGCCACAGCCAUGGUGGCAUCUCUUCCGGCCACGCACCGUCUUCUCAGUCAAACACCCGUCCAUCUACCGCGGACAAGGCACAUCAACUCUCAGAAUUCUCCCGCGUCGACACACCAUCCCGUCCAUCCGACGAUCAGUCGCGCCCACUCGCCAUUGAAGUCGUCGACGAACGCGGUCAGCCCUCGCAUCAGGUGAACCAAAUUUUGCGCGAAUUCCGCGAGGAAGCUCGCGUAGAGUCGCCCGUUUCUGACAGCUUUUCGCCGUUUACAUCGGAGGAACGAGUCGUGCGCAGCGUAAACACGCGCCCGGGCCCUGUUCACCGUGCACAAGACUCCAUUGUUUCAAACACGGCGCAGCUGCGAUCGACGAGUAAUGAUGAGAGUGUCCCUCUCCCACGCAACCUCCCAACCCUGAGCCAACCAGUCGCGAUGACGAAGAAGCUGCGUCACCAACUUCAGAUCUCGACCAUGACUCAUUCGGAUGGUGGUUUUGGCAUUGGACUCUCCCUCUUGCAGGGCUUGGCCGCCGGCGACACAGAUUCUCGAUACUGGAGCGAGUCAGAAGCAGACACGGACGCCCCUGUUCGAAAACCGGUUGCGACGCUCCAGGAACCACAUGCAUCAACAAGUCAGCAAAAGACGCCCAGCAUACAUCAUGCACCGCACCUCUCUCAGACAUCCUCGUCGGCAAGCAUGCUCCAAAAGGGGUCACUACGGUCGGAAAGCGACGCCGGAGACGAUGGGGCUCAAUACAACGACGACGACAUCUUUGACGAUUAUCGCUAUUCACGAUACUCUGUGGUGUCGACAGGACGAUCAAGGCAGUCUACAAUGGCUUCUAUCAAGGCACCUCCCCUACCAGACGACUCGAGGCCUUCACUGGACGGCCAAAUGUCGAUUCGAUCUGCGCCUUCACCCCCUCCAACAUCAUUACUUACUCCAAAGCCUCUAAAUAUCGUCAAGAAUAGCACGCGAGUCCCAAGUCCAAUGGAGACACCGACAACGCCAAUGGCCCGAGUCCAUUCGCCAGACACGGAGACUACACCAAGCUCUGUCUCUCCAGCACCUGGGAUGACAUCGGCUCUGAGAGAAAGGGGGGAUGAGGACCAUGGAAAGAUGCUUGCAGCUAUGGCCAAGUUGGACCUUACACCAAAGCCAUCCGUCACCAGCUUUAAUAUCCAAGCCAUCUCGACUGACACGAUGCAAUCCGCAACGAGCAAUGACUACAAUGGCGAUGAGUCGACUUCAGAGGUGGAGAGUCCAGAAACAGAGGAGCCAACAGAUACCAACGGGCCACUCUCACCCGCGAGCACAUACGAAUCAGGUGCAUCGCUCUUUCUGCCUCACCCGGGUGCUCCAAAACCAAUGAUGAGCAAUGGCCAAAUCGAAGCCCGUCCCGCUGCGAUUCAUGUCGCAAACGCAAAAGCCAGAAUGUCAAUGAACCUACCCAACUCGCCCGAGGCAACCCAGACAACCCCCACUCCACCAGUCCCGCAGAACGAGACGAACAUCCCUCCCUCCAUGUCCCUACACAGUACAUUGGCUAUGGCGGCUGCAAAGGCACGCAACGUACGCCAAACUACCCUCUACGGCGCCACCCAAGUCGACCUGCUUAGCUCACCGGUUCCUGUUCCGAUCGCUUUUUCUCUUGACAAUCCCCCUCCUAGUCCUCGAGGCUUCCCUACUCCUGAACUUGGGUUCCCUCGGCCGCCAAGUGCACCAAAGUUGUCUUCACCAGCAAGUCCCGUCGGCCUCGGGAUCAACUCACCGCCGAGAGCAGACGCUGACCCAGGCAAAGCGGCGGCGGCACUCCCGAUUCCUCGAGCCAACUUUUUCCCUAAGAGUGGCGCCCCGAGACCGAGAUCACGCAGUUUCAGCGGAUUUGACCUGAGCAAUACCGAUCCGUUGAUACCGGUUGAACGCAGCCGUGAAGAAGGCAGUCAGCCGAGAGCGGGCCCAGAUUAUCGUGCCUCGCUACGUGGUACCUCUCCCUCACAAGGAAGGGCCCAGACGUCACCGUCUUCCUCGCAGCCAUCUAGAUCCAUGUCUCCUUCUCGAGGCCCAUCCCGAUCGCAACGACCAACUCACGUUCCGUCUCCGCUUUCCCUUCCUGCCAUCAGCAACACAGACAAGGAACCCGAAGUCACGCGUAAUGCGCCACCGUCACCUAACACCACCCGUGGUUCACUGAAAGGAAAAGGGUUACGGCAGGUAGCGUCUAGCGGUGUCCUUCGUUCUGCGAGUUCUGCAGCAAAUUACGAAGGAGGGAGCAAAGCGGAGCCAAGAGUGUCCAAUGAGAAACGCGAAAGCUCGCCGACCAAACCAUCACCGACACGGAGGUCGACAUCAACAAACCCAAUCGCCACAGAGGAUGCGGAUAGGUCUGAGUUGACCACGCCUUCCCUCGUGCAUACAGGUGCCUCCAGUUCGGCAUCCUCUCCAAUGGGUCGCAGUGCUUCGCUACGGUCAAAAUUGUCCGUUUCUGCUCUACGAGCAAAAGGAUCCAACGGUCGACCAUCACGCGAUGGAGGGGAUGCACCUGUUCCUUAUACAUCUCCAGUCACCCCAGGGACCGCCGACGAGGAAGAGCGCGUUCAAGUUAAGGAUAUGGAGUUUGAGCUCGUCAAACCAGUGCUCAAGACGACGGGACUACGGGGGAGCGAAGAUGGGCUUCAUCCCAACGUCAUGUCACCAGAGGUCGAAUCAAUACGUAGUGGUUUUGAAGGUAGCGGGAGUGCGUGGCGGGCAGAUAGCCCAAGCGCUUCUCCUGGUGGCUCACAUCUUCGCUCUCCAAAUGUCAGAGCAGGAUCUAGCGACUCUUUGGGUAACCCGCGGGGACCGUCUGCCAUCCAAGCGGCAUCGAUAGAGGCACAUCGCCUUCGAGAGCAGAAAUGGAUGAGCCUAAUCUCAUCCACGCCGUCUUCCCAGGCCAAAAAGUCCAAAAAGGUUAAGCGCCUAUUGCUGGAGGGUGUCCCAUCUAGCGUACGUGGCCGGGUCUGGGGACUUGUCACCGACAGCAAGGCCCGUCGGAUGGAAGGCAUAUUCUCACAGCUGGUGAAGAAGGCUCCGAAGCAUCUGGUCCCGGUAAUUGAGCAAGACGUGGAUCGAUGCUUCCCCGACCACCCGCAUCUGCGUGAUCCUCGUGGUUCUCUGGCAAACUUGCUGUUAGCGUAUACGGCAAUGGUGCCUGACAUUCGCUAUCGUACAGGGCUAACCCGCAUUGCCGGAAACCUUCUCCUUCAAGCGCCAGAUGAAGAUGCUUUUUGGAUUUUUGUCGCCCUCAUGGACUCUCAUCUACGAGGAUAUUACGCAACCGUUAGCACUGGUCAAUUCGAGAUUGACGCGUCACUCUUUCAAAACCUCGUCGAGUCUGUCGAGCCAGAACUUGCUAAUCAACUCUUCAACGAACUUCGCCUGAGGUCGGUAGACAUUUGUGGAACAUGGUUCUGCUGUCUGUUCGCGGGUAUCAUCCCACCCGAUCAUCUCCAUCGUGUAUGGGACAUUUUGUUCUAUGAAGGCUCUAUCUAUUUAUUCCGCGUUGGACUGGCCCUUAUGACUCUCUGCAAACGCCCUCUUAUGACAUUGAAUGCUGCUCAAGGCGGACAAGGCGCAGCGAUUGAACUGCUGAGCCGACCGCCACUUUCGAUUAUCCCUCAAGACCCAGAUUCAUUCAUAUCCCAUACAUUUAUCGUCAAGGUUCGUGACGACGACCUCCGCAAACAGCGCGCGAAACGAGAGGCGCAGUGGAAGAAGGAUCGUCUUGCACAAAGAUGA